AUGCGUCUCUCUCGUGUUGCAUAUAUACAGCUUUGUAACCAUUUUAAGCAAAAGUGCUGGCUUAAAGAUAGUCGUCAUGCAACUGUUGAAGAAAAAAUAGCUAUAUUUUUACAUGUUAUCAGUCAUAAUGAUCGCUUUACAAAGGUGAAAAAUAGAUUCCAGCACUCUACAGAGACAGUUCAUAGGUACUUUCAUGAGGUGUUGAAUGGCAUGAUGGAGUUUGCCAAAGAAGUCAUAGUACCUAUAUCAUAUGACCGAAACAAUCAUUUAUCAAGAAAACAUAAAGAGCUAUUGAAAAUAUUUCCUGGGGCAAUUGGGGCAUUAGAUGGCACACUUGUUCAUGCAAUUGUUCCAGCUGGUCAGCAAGCUCGCUAUAGAGGGCGAGGGCGAGGUGAAUGCUAUCAAAAUAUUUUGGGAAUUUGUGACUUCAAUAUGAUAUUUACAUUUGUUUGGGCCGGAUGGGAAGGAGUAGCACAUGAUUCAAGAAUAUUAACAGAAGUUGUUUCUGAUGUUGAUUCUGGUUUUCCACUUCCACCUCGAAAUAAAUAUUAUCUUUGUGAUGCUGCAUAUGCAAACACCCGUGGAUUUUUAGCUCCAUACCGCAACACACGAUAUUGGCUAGCUGAUUUUCGGGGACAACGUGCGUUAACUAAGGAGGAAAAAUUUAAUCACGCUCAUGCAAAAUUGAGAAAUGUCAUAGAGCGGGCAUAUGGUGUGUUGAAGGCAAGAUUUCCUAUAUUGAAGCAGAUGGCUCCGUAUGUUUUUUCAACACAAAGGGACAUAGUUAUUGCUUGUUUUGCGGUUCACAACUUUAUAAGAAUGCAAAAACUGGAAGAUCAAUUGUUUGAGCAAUGUGACCGCUCGGCUGAUAGUGAUGGAAGUGAUGGAGAAGAAAAUGAAAACAUUCCAGAAGCGUCACAACAUGAAUCACAACAGGGUACUCAAGGAGCACAAUUUAUGACUAAUUUGCGUGAACAAAUUGCUUUAAAGCUUUUGACAAGUUCUUAA